AUGUUCAUUAUUAUCUAUGUAAAUCUUUCUUUCUUUCUUAAUAUCUAUCUAUCUAUCUCAGCCUGUUCACUAUCUAUCUAUCUAUCUAUCUAUCUAUCUAUCUAUCUAUGUGAAUGUUUUUCUUUCUUUCUUUCUUUCUUAAUAUCUAUUUAUUUCAACUUUUUUCUUUUCUUUUCUAUCUAUCUAUAUAUCUAUCUAUCUAUCUAUCUAUCUAUCUAUCUAUUUGAAUCUUUUUUUUUUAUUUCUUUCUUCCUUCUUUUUUCUCAUUUCUAUUUUCUUUCUUUUCUUUUUUCUUUCUUAAAUUUGUAUUAUCUAUCUUUUUCAAUCUAUCUAUCUAUCUAUCUAUGUGAAUGUUUUUUUUUCUUUCUUUCUUUCUUUCUUUUUAAUAUCUAUUUAUUUCAUUAUUUGUUCAUUAUUUAUCUAUGUAAAUUUUUCUUUCUUUCAUUCUUUUUUCUUAAUAUCUAUCUAUUUAUCUUUUUUCUAUCUAUCUAUCUAUCUAUCUUUUAUCUAUUCUAUCUUUCUUUCUUAUCUAUUCCUAUUUUUUUACUGUUUUUUCAUCCUUUCCAUUUCAUCGACAUUAUUUUUAAUUUUUUUUCAUUGUCCAGAACAAUUUUAUCAUUUUUCUAA